GUUACCAGAGACAGAGAGGAAGAGAGCGUCACAGGUACAUACAGCUACAGGCGGGGUGAAACUCUGUAAGGAUGGUGCACCACGUCUGCAUGGUGUCCGACUUCUUCUUCCCUAACACUGGAGGGGUGGAGAGCCACAUCUACCAGCUCUCACAGUGUCUGUUACAGCGGGGACACAAGGUAGUUGUCAUCACCCAUGCGUACGGACGCAGGACGGGAGUUCGCUACCUCACCAACAACCUGAAAGUGUACUACCUCCCCCUGCUGGUGGCCUACAACCAGUGUAUCCUCCCCACGCUGUUCGCUACACUCCCCAUUGUUCGCUACAUCCUCCUGAGGGAACGCAUCACCAUCGUGCACGGGCACUCUGCGUUCUCCGCGCUCGCUCACGAGGCGAUGUUCCACGCCUCGACGAUGGGAAUCAGCACGGUCUUUACCGAUCACUCGCUCUUCGGAUUUGCGGAUGCCAGCUCGAUCAUCACCAACAAAAUCCUCAAGUUUUCUCUCGCAGAUGUUCAACAUGUCAUCUGUGUUUCACACACAAGCAAAGAGAACACAGUAUUACGGGCAGCUCUGAGCCCUCACAAGGUGUACGUCGUCCCCAAUGCGGUGGACUCCACAGUGUUCACCCCUGACCCCUCCCAGCAGAGGUCAGACAGGGUCACAGUGGUGGUCAUGAGUCGCCUGGUCUACAGGAAGGGCAUCGACCUGCUGGCAGGCAUCAUUCCAGAGCUGUGUGGGAGGCACCCGGAUGUCCACUUCCUGAUUGGUGGAGACGGGCCGAAGCGGAUUCUGCUGGAGGAGGUACGAGAACAGUACCAGCUGCACGACAGGGUCCAGCUCCUGGGAUCUGUGAGUCACGAGGAUGUGCGAGACAUUCUGGUACAGGGAGACAUUUUCCUCAACACCUCCCUGACGGAAGCUUUCUGCAUCGCUAUUGUAGAGGCAGAGUCAUGUGGACUUCAGGUGGUGAGCACGCGGAUCGGUGGAGUCCCUGAGGUGCUUCCAGACGAGCUCAUCUACCUGGCGGAGCCCAGCGUCGCCUCGCUGCUGGUCGCCUUGGAAACCGCCGUGGACGACAAGAGGCGCGGAUGGACCAUCUCGCCCCGAGAGCGACACGAGCGCAUCAGUACCAUGUACACCUGGCAGGAUGUGGCGCGUCGGACGGAGACCGUUUACGACGCCACGGCGGAACUCCCCAGCUCCAGCCUUGCAGACCGGAUCUACAGAUACAGCCACAGUGGCAGUGGAUGGCUGCUGUUCGUUCUGCUGUUGGUCCUCGGGAACUACCUCUUCUGGCAGCUUCUGGAGAUACUCGUACCCAGGAGGAACAUAGAGCUGGUACCUUCACAGGUGGCCAAGUCACCCAGAAGAGAACCCACGUAA